AAAAAAGCGGUUUUGAUGAUAUACCAUCAAUGUUCUUGAUGUUGAUGCAAUCUUUAUGUCCUUCAGAAGCAAGCCAUUCACGUCCAGCGCAAGAUGGAGAUAUUCGUAAAAGGAUUAAUAGAGUGUGUGAAUGUGUUUAACUGCAGAUUUUUUAAGACAGGGAAUCCUUGUCAAUCUCAAACUGCACGAGGUCAAGUGUCGACUGCAAUGGCUGCGAGAGAGAGAGAGAGAGAAGGAAAGGAGAAGUGUAAGAGGUGGUAGUCCCACAUCUCCACGGCAGCUCACUCAGCGACUGAGCAACAACCAGAAGGAAUCGAGAAGCACCCUCUGAUUCCAUCCAUCUCUCCAAUGAUCCAGCUCUAGCACCCGAGCUUCCAUCCCCAAAUUCACCGGAAUGCCACUCGUCUCGCACCACCGAACCUCCCCUUCUCCUCCGCCGUCAUCCACCAGCACCCCCAUCCCCUCCUACACACCCAAACCCGUCAAGCCCCAAAAGCCCACUCCCACUCCUCCGUACUCCCGCCGGAUUCUCCUGCUCAUCCUCGCCUUGUCGAUCAUCUCCCUCGUGAUUGGCAUCGCCGGAGUCUCCUUCUCUUUCUAUGCUCUCCGGCGGCCCAGGCCCCCGCCCGUCUUCCGGUGCGGAAGGACCGUGGACACUUUCCGGGCUUUUUACUUGGCUUCCGGUUUAAGAAAGCCCGGUGAUGGGGGCAACGGUGGGUUGGCUACGGCGACGGAUCGUCCCAAGCUUUUGGGUCUUGUUGGCAUUCAGACUGGGUUUGAAUCCUCCGAUCGCCGAGCUGCUAUUAGGAACACUUGGCUUGCUUCUGACCCUGAUGGGCUUUCGAGGUUGGAACAAGCUACUGGUUUAUCUUUUAGAUUUGUGAUUGGGCAAUCAAAGGAUGCAACGAAGAUGGCCAGACUUCAGAAAGAGGUCGAUGAGUAUAAGGAUUUCAUGCUCAUUGACGUUGAGGAAGAAUAUUUAAAGCUCCCAUACAAGAUGCUCGCAUAUUUUAAGGCAGCAUUUGAACUUUUUGAAGCAGAAUAUUAUGUCAAGGCCGAUGACGAUAUAUAUCUGCGUCCAGAUCGUCUUGCAACUUUAUUAGCUAAAGAGCGAAAACAGUCUCUUACUUACAUCGGGUGCAUGAAGAAAGGGCCAGUCAUAACUGACCCGAAACUGAAAUGGUAUGAAAAAUCGGGCCAUCUGAUUGGAAAUGAAUAUUUCUUGCAUGCGUAUGGCCCUAUAUACAUUCUGUCUGCUGAAGUGGUAGCUUCACUUGCUACUGCUAGAAAUAACAGCUUGAGAAUGUUCAGCAAUGAGGAUGUUACUAUUGGUUCAUGGAUGCUCGCUAUGAACGUCCAUCAUGAAGACAACCGAGCAAUAUGUGAUCCUCGAUGCACACCUACAUCAAUCGCGGUGUGGGACAUCCCAAAAUGUUCAGGCUUAUGCCAUCCAGUCACUAGGAUAAGAGAGCUUCACAAGAUUGAUAUGUGUUCUAAAAGCCCCACACUGCCUCCAGACGACGACUGAAACGUCUGUUAAGCUUGAACUGACCAUUCCUUCAAUCCGACUGCUGGAAAUCUAGGAGGAUUGGCUCACUUAGGGCCUCCAUCGAUUGGCCUUUCGGUAUAGCUGUGACCCGUUUCUCCAUUACGCCAUUGUUUUGUGGGUUAUCCUUGUAGAGAUGACCAUGCCGAAGCCUUGCCUGCAACUCCAUGAAACAGCAAACUCUUGAGUCUGUAUUCACACGAAGCUGUCAUACCGCCAGAUAUUACAAACGGACUAAAUGUAACUAUUGCUCCAAGACCGGGCCCUCGAUGGCCCCGUGGGAAUGAAAUUAUACCUUCUGAAAACUUGAGAACAGCUUCGAGAGCACCAUUCCUCGGAUGUUCGAGUUCUAACAUAGCAGUGCUAGUUGCAGCCUA